AAGCAAUUUUUUUUUUAACCGCAUAUAUAGCAGUAUAUCGCUUCGUACACAAAUAAUGCGCAUCAUAUUGCGCGCAUAUGUAGCAGCGAUGCCGCAGUGCAAGAGCUUAAGCAUAUAAUGUAAUGUAAUGCAAUAUAACAUAAUGUAUAAUUAUGUACAUUUCAUUUUUAAAAAAAGGGAAGGUUAAAAAUGAUUAACGAAUGAACGAAAAUUUUUUAAGCAAAAUAAAAUUGCAUCCAUUUUUAUAUUUAAAAAAAACAAAAUGCAUACUUUUUUUUAAUUUCAUUUUUCUGUACAAUUUUAAUAAACAGGAUUGAAAAUUAAAAAAAAGUUCCAUUUUAUAAUUUUACCAAACCAGAUCAGUAUGCAAAUUUUUAUAAACAUCCCGCAUGAUGACUCCUUAUGUAUUGAGUCAUCCAACGUUAGUAGCAUCAGAAAUGUGAAAGAGAAGAUAUCUGAGUUGAAAGGUAUCCCUUGUGAGGUGCAAAAGCUGUUCAAAAAUGGCCGCCAAUUGGAAGACGAAGAGCUUAUCGAACUUGACGAGGCUGAAUUUGAGUACACCAUAGACUUAACGUUCGGAUUACUUGGUGGUGGCAAAAAAAAGAAAAAGAAAGUUUACAAGAAACCCAAAAAGGAGAAACAUAAGAAGAAAAAGGUCAAAUUGGCUGUACUUAAGUUUUACAAAGUUGGGGACGAUGGAAAAGUGUUCAGAUUGAAAAAGCAGUGUGACAAUUGUGCACCUGGCACCUUGAUGGCUGCUCAUUUUAAUAGGGAAUACUGUGGAAGAUGCCACCUCACCAUUAUGAAAAAAUAGACCAAUUAAUAUAUCGCAUAAGCGUUGUUUAAAGGCGUUUUUUCAAUAAGUUUUUUUCUUUUUUCUUACCCCCAUACGGCUUACCCUUUCCGUUUUCUUUUUUUCUUUUUUUCUUUUUUUCUUUUUUUCUUUUUUCCUUUUUUUUUUUUUUUAACUGCAUAUUUAAAGAACAUACGGUAAAAGGCUAAGAAUUAUGAAUUAACAAUGUUACAGUUUAAUUAGUUAAAGAAUGCACUCCGCGUGUU